UCAAGCUUCCUUGUAAUUCAUGAUCCGAGAAUGUAAAGUGAGACUUGUGAAUAAAGCAAACGGCACCUCACUGCAGCUCCUGUACAAAGAAGAAAAAAGACCUGGGGGAUUUGGUUACUUAGCAACAGGUUAUAGUUCCCACCCAUUCAGGUGUCCAGUCCACAGGGAGGAGACAGCACAGGUGAGCACAAAUCAGCUCCUCUUCCACUGGGAUGCAAAGCCGCUGCACAGAGGGAACCUGCUUCCUGCUGUUGUCAGACCUCAUUCAGAUAUUAUUCGGUCUCCGGGUUUGUAGGAAUAAGAGGGGAAAACGAGGAUGGCCAACUCAGCACUGGAGAUAGUGGGGCUUUUACUGACUCUGAUUGGGCUCAUCGGGGCGGCGGCGAGCACUGGGAUGCCGAUGUGGCGCGUCACGGCCUUCAUCGGGGAGAACAUCAUUGUGUUUGAGACCCGCUACGAGGGCCUGUGGAUGAACUGCUUCAGGCAGGCUGACAUCAGGAUGCAGUGCAAGGUGUACGACUCGCUCUUGGCCCUGUCCCCUGACCUGCAGGCAGCACGGGGGCUCAUGUGCUGCUCUCUGGCACUGGGGGGCCUGGGUCUGCUCAUCAGCUUGCUGGGGUUGCAGUGCACCUCCUGUAUCCAAAAUAAUGACCGGGCUAAGCGGCUGGUCCUCAUCAUCGCAGGAUCCAUGGUCAUCAUGGCGUGCAUAUGCGUCCUCAUCCCUGUUUCCUGGACGGGUCACGUCAUCAUCAGGGACUUCUACAACCCUCUGCUGAUCGACGCCCAGCGCAGGGAGCUGGGAGAGGCUCUCUACAUCGGCUGGGUGUCCUCUGCUUUCCUGUUUGCAGGGGGGUGCAUGUUCAUAUGCUGCAAUCUGCAGUCUGAGGACAAAGGAUCAGACAGGUACAUGUACUCCAGGAACUCCCAGUACAUGGCCUACCCUCCACAGCCCCUUCAGCCCCAGCAGCUGGUGCUUCCUCCUCAGCCUCAGCCUCAGCCUCUUCUGUCACGACACCCAUCAACCAUCUACAGCUACCACUCCAGAUACCCCUCGGUACGCAGCGCCGUGGCUUACCUUUAAGCACUUGAACUGACUGAGGCGACAAUGAUCUCACUUAUGGUCAAAUCAUAUGCAAAGAACUGUUUUGUUUUUUUCUAAUCUGACUUGGCUGGGCAGUCUAGUCACUGACUCAUUUCAAAUGUCCAAGGAUGCAUUUCAGGUCUCAAAGAAAAAGCAUGGAAAGAAAUGCAGUGAGUAAAUUACUGUGAAUACAGGCAGAUUUUAUUAAUAGGGCAUCACUCAGUUUUUUUGUUUUGUUUUGUUUUUUACAGUAAAAGGGUACUUAUGGAGUCUUACUGAAGUGCACUUGGUUACAGGAUACUGAUGCUGAUUUAUAAUGUGAUUUAUCUGGUUUCAUAAUGUUGCCAAUGUGGGCCAGUGCACAUUACACUCCUUAACUGUGUGUGUGUUGCGUAAUUUGAUUUUAUACGGAUCGAAAGUUGUCAUAACAUUUCUUUCUUUUUUUGCUUAUUAGGCUGCUGACUGUGAGUGCUGUACAUAAACAUUCAUGGUGAUGUAAUUGCUAAGCACUGCUACGUGUAUUUGACUUUGUUGUUGAUCUAUUAAUAAUGACCAAGAGCGUGUACGUAUACAGACAUUUAAGCUUUCAGAGAUAUUAAAACCUUAUUUCUAAAUAACACCAGCAAAGCCCCCAUACUUUGGCUCUGCCUGCAGUUUGUAUUCACUAACAGAGUUGAGGCAUAUUGACACAAAGAUUUCACAAAGAAAAUAAGUCUUUAUUUCUCCUCUUCAGUGUUAUGAGACAAUGACUUUAUGACCAAUGAAAGCAAAACGAUAUAAUGUGACAGCACUGUGGUUAAACAGGACACUAAAUGACUUACUGGCAACUGAUUAAAUAAUAAUAAUGAGAUAUCUUGUGAAAGAGGAUGGUCAAACAUGCCAAUAUCCCCAUAGUUUGGGUUAUAUCUUCCCCAGACCCACAGAAACUGUCCUGUGAUGUCUGAAGCUGAUGGGGCUAAACAAACAGCGAGGUAAACGUGUAACACAGUUUUAACACUGCUUGCUAAAGGUGUAGGCCCAGAGGCAAAACAACCGCAGGGCUUA